CCUCCUCGGUCCACAGCAGCGGCUGCCUCUGCCACCGCCCUCCCCGCUGGGCCUCCACCUCCCGCUCUGCCCCGCCAGCCCAGUUAAAUGGCUGAUAAGCAGAUCAGCCUGCCCGCCAAGCUCAUCAACGGCGGCAUCGCGGGGCUGAUCGGGGUCACCUGCGUGUUCCCCAUCGACCUAGCCAAGACCCGCCUGCAGAGCCAGCAGAAUGGCCAGCGCAUGUACGCCAGCAUGUCUGACUGCCUCAUCAAGACCAUCCGCUCCGAAGGCUACUUCGGGAUGUACCGGGGCGCUGCCGUGAACCUGACCUUGGUGACCCCAGAGAAGGCCAUCAAGCUAGCGGCCAAUGACUUCUUCCGUCAUCAGCUCUCGAAGGAUGGGCAGAAGCUGACUCUGCCCAAGGAAAUGCUGGCCGGCUGCGGGGCUGGGACCUGCCAGGUGAUCGUGACCACCCCCAUGGAGAUGCUGAAGAUCCAGCUGCAGGACGCCGGCCGCAUUGCUGCCCAGAGGAAGAUUCUGGCCGAAGCACAGCUUGCGUCCCAGGGAGGAGCCCAGCCCUCGGCGGAGGCCCCGCCUGCUCCUCGGCCCACAGCCAUGCGGCUGACCCGGGACCUGCUCCGGAGCCACGGCAUUGCUGGCCUCUACAAGGGCCUGGGGGCCACGCUGCUCAGGGACGUCCCCUUCUCCAUUGUCUACUUCCCCCUCUUUGCCAACCUGAACCAGCUGGGCCGCCCAGCCCCCGAGGAGAAGUCGCCCUUCUACGUGUCCUUCCUGGCAGGCUGCGCGGCCGGGAGCAUGGCCGCCGUGGCUGUAAACCCCUGUGACGUGGUGAAGACUCGGCUUCAGUCACUCCAGCGCGGCGUCAAUGAGGACACCUACUCGGGGUUUCUGGACUGUGCCAGGAAGAUCUGGCGGCAUGAGGGCCCGUCGGCCUUCCUGAAGGGUGCCUACUGCCGCGCCCUGGUCAUUGCCCCGCUGUUCGGCAUCGCCCAGGUGGUCUACUUCCUGGGCAUUGCGGAGACCCUCCUGGGGCUGCUGCAAACCCCCCAGGCUUGAGUCUGGGGGCCCCAGCGCCCCGGCUGGCGCCAGAGAAGGGCUGCCAGCCCAGGCCCGAGUGAAGGACGCUCACCCACGGGGGGAGGGGAGAGGGGAGGCUGGGUCCACAUGGUGGCGAGCACAGGCCCCACGGGGUCCUGAGGAGAUGGCCAUUGGGACCAAUGUCUAUUUAUGUAGAAAACGCAGAAACCUGUACAUUCCUCAAGCUGGUCCCUGACCCAGUCCUGCCUGGCCUGAAGACCCCCAGGGACAGAGCUGGUCUCUGGGCUGGGGCCCCAGGCCUGAGCUGGGCAGGCUGGCCCUACCCCUGAGUCCACCAGCUCCUGUCUCCUAGGCUUUCCUGGUCUACAAAGGGGACCCCCCCAAAAAAAACCCUAUUUAUUGAACCUGCUGCAUCUGUGUGGCUCUGCCCGUCCUGUCCAUCCGUCCAUCCACCCCUGCUGCUCUUCUAACUUUGGCCGGGACUCGGCCCUGCCUCCCAGCUUUGCAGACGUGGGGGGCGGGGUCUCCGGCCCCAUGUUGAGCCCAGAUUUCCAGGUUGAUGGGGGUCAGGCUGAGUUUUGACUCCCAGAUCCCCCCACCCCCCGUGCACACACUGGGAAUUUCUGCUGGGUCCUAGGACCUUCACUGAAGGGGAGACCUAGCCUGUGUGUCCUGUGUGCCUCCCAGCCCUCGGCUGACCAGGCUGCUUGGGAUGGGGCAGGGGGGCCAGGCACUCAGCUUGGUGGGCUGUGUACCUCACCUCUACUGAGCUCAGCUCAGAGUUCUCAGCCUUCCUUCCGAGUCACCCACCCCUGGAAAGGGGAGGGCCAGUGUGGAUCUUGGGGUCACCUGCUCUGUGGGUGCCCAGCCCUCCUUCCUAGGCCUCUGUUUAAGCCCCUGUCCUCCCCAGUCCUGUAUCCAUGUGAAGUGAGGCAGGUGCUCUGCCAGCCCUGGCCAUGUGGUUGUGUUGGUGAUUGACCCUGAAGUGCUGGUGCUGUGUCCCCAAACCUAGCCCUCCCUGUGGAGGCCCCUCCCCAGUAACACUACCUGGGGCUCAGGUCCAGCCCCCAGCUCACGGUUGCUCCUGGGAGCUGCCCCCUCCCGACAUAUCUGUACCUUGAAAGCUGCUGCUGCUGCUUACAGAAUUAUAUUUUUUUUCUUUUGAAGAGUUUUAAGGAGUUGUAAUUUUUUGUGUCUUGUCACGUAAGAGGAUAAAUAAAUAUUCUA